UCACCUAGGGCGUUCAAGAACUUCCAAAAUCCAUUCGUGUACAAGAAUACCAAGAAUGCAUGGAUGACCCAAGAUAUCUUUAAACAUUGGUUUUUCAAACAGUUUGUCCCUGAGGUAACAGCGUUUUUAAAAAGCACAGGGUUGCCAGUGAAAGCUGUCCUCAUAUUAGAUAACGCUCCAUCCCAUCCUUCAGCAGAUGAAUUAAAAACCCCUAAUGGAGCAAUUUUUACUAUGUUUAUGCCACCAAACGUAACACCAUUAAUUCAACCGAUGGAUCAAAAUGUGUUGCGACUUACUAAGUUGUACUACAGAAAAAGCUUGUUGAGUUCUGUAGUGUCUAAAGGUGAAGGAGUUGCAGAGGCACUCAAAACAAUAACUUUAAAGGACGCAAUUAUUCAUCUACAUAAGGCGUGGUGGAAGUUGGACCCUUUGAUGAUUACAAAAUGUUGGAAUCCUAUUUUAGGUAAAAAUGAAGACCAAGAUAAUAUACCCUUAGCUACACUGCGGAAAACAUGGACUAACGAAACUGAAAAACUGAAUAAUGACACUAUUUGUUUGUUGGAAGCGAUUGAACCCGCCGAGUAUACGCAACAAGAUGUUGAAGAAUGGAAUAAGGACGUUAUUGAUAACGAUGGUUUGGAAAGUGAAGAUAGCGCUGAUUCAGAAAAUUCUGAUUGUGAAGUGAUUAGCACAGAAGAAAAAAAAAUUUCGCAUGUUGAGGUUCUUGAAGCGUUAAAAGCAGUUUCACAAUGGUCCAUUCAAAACCUUGUUGACGUAAGUGACAUGGUAGCUCUAAAGAAAAUAGAAGAAAAAGCUGUAAUGUUAAAUAUAACCCAAAAUAAAAUUCAAACAAAAAUUACGUCCUAUUUUAAGUAGUAUGUAGUCAAUGUAGUGUAUGUACUACCUUUUUUGUUAACUUUUUUUUUUUAAUAAUAAUGCAUUUAUUUUACCAUA